AUGGCAAAUCAUGGAAAACUAGAAAAAUAUGACUCACAAGAGGAAUGGAGUCAGUAUAUUGAGCGGUUGGAAUUUUAUUUCGAAGCAAAUGGCGUGGACGACGAAGAUAAACAACGAGCGAUAUUAUUGAGUGUUUGUGGUAGCAAGACGUAUAAGUUGAUUCGGAACUUAACCACGCCAGGAAAACC